AUGGGAUGGGCGGGAACUGACGAUGAACCAAUCAGAAAUCCAACAGUUCCCAAUGAAAAGGCCAUUUUAGAUCAUUUGGAUUCUCACGCUUCAAAUUAUCAGCAGGCAGUAGGUGUAGCCGGAAAUACGAUUAGAAAGGUUUUACCUUACUACUAUGAGGCGUACGGAAGAAACUGCCCUAAGAAGAUGCUUUCUAAAAAGAAGAAGAAUUCUGACUCGGAUAUGAUUUUCAGAGAUCUAGAAUGCACUGAGGUAAACGUGCAUUGCGUGAGCAGUGAGAUUCCAAACCGUGGUAGUCUGGGACGAUCCCUUUCAUGCACCUCUGCAGCCGCAUGUAAAACACCAAAGGAUGGCGAUAAAGUUGCUUCUUCGGAAUUGAGACCUCCUGGCUGGUGUGAACCAACGACUGGAAAAAGAACGAUGAGUAUAGGCUGCGGCUUCGGCCAGCUGGACAGGUUUGCGUUCGAUGAUUACAGCGCUCAUUUGCAUCCUUAUGAUGUAGAACAAAAGGAUAACUGGACGAUGCAAGGUUUAGGGACUCGACCUGCAAUUACUCUUUUUGCGUUGUGUAGUGACGAAAAAUUCGCUUUCAUAAUUUCUUUUGAUAGAUCUGAACUUAGGAAAUGA